AUGAUUUUAUGCCUUGAAUUCGCAAUGCUUUCUGACUGGCCCAUGAAAGGCCCAUCAUCAUCAGGCACUUCUCAUUCGCAUGCUAUAAAAUCCUCAUCUCUAUCGAAACCCUAGCAGGAGCAGGAGGACGGCCAUGACGACCCGCUUGAAGAAGAAUCGGAAGAAACGAGGCCACGUGAGCGCUGGCCACGGCCGCAUCGGGAAGCACCGGAAGCACCCGGGAGGCCGCGGGAACGCCGGCGGUAUGCACCACCACCGCAUCCUUUUCGACAAGUACCACCCGGGCUACUUCGGCAAGGUCGGCAUGCGUUACUUCCACCGCCUCCGCAACAAGUUCCACUGCCCGAUCGUCAACGUCGACACUCUCUGGUCGCUCAUCCCUGAAGACUUGAAGGGGUCGACCGCCGGAGCCAAAGAUGGCUCCGUUCCGCUGCUAGAUGUGACUCAGUAUGGCUACUUCAAGGUGCUCGGCAAGGGCUCGCUCCCCCCGUCCCGCCCUAUCGUCGUGAAAACCAAGCUCAUAUCGAAGAUCGCGGAGAAGAAGAUCAAGGAGGCCGGCGGCUCUGUCGUGCUCACUGCCUGAGUGGUCAUUUGAUCUUUCGUUUAGGUAUUUUACAUUCGCACUUCAAUUUCAUUCUGGAAACCCUAGAACGAAAAACCUUCUACUGGAUUUUGAUACUGGUUUUUUAUUCAACAUUUUCGUUACUCGGAUUGCAAAAUUGAAUUUUCUUAGAA